AAGUUACCAAGUUAAGAAUAUUUCCCUGCUUACCUUGAUUAUGUGUUUAAAAUCAAAAUAUGUUUCAAGAGCAUAUGAUUGAACUUCUUUUUAUCUAUGAGAAUUAAUUUUGGAAGGGAACAAAGGCUUGACUACAGUGAUGGCAAUAUUAUGGGAAACUCCUCAGAUAACUGCAUAUCUUUGCUUCUGCAUGUUUGUCUCUUUGAGAGGCCAAGUCUUAAGUGUGCAUCUCCUUUCAGAUGAGAGGAAGGCUCAAUUCCGGAUGGGCUGGCAGAAAACAUCAUUGUACCCUGACUGGAGGAAAGAACUUUUCCAGGCUGCAAAUGUGAGUCUGGACCCAGACACAGCCCAUCCUAACCUCAGCUUGUCUGAAGAGAGACGAUGUGUAACCUGGAGUGAGAAGCCUCAAGAACUACCUGAUAAGCCACAGAGAUUUUAUCCACUUCCCUGUGUGCUGGGUCGGCAAGUCGGCACCUCAGGGAGAUGCUACUGGGAGGUGGAGGUUGGGGACAGUGGAGCUUGGGGCCUAGGCAUUUGUAGGGAUAAUGUAAUGAGGAAGGGGAGGGUUGUCGUAAAACCUGAGGAUGGUUUCUGGGUCAUCAGGUUUUAUAGGAAUGAGUACUGGGCACUGACCUCUCCAGAAACACAGCUUACUCUAAAAGAUCCCCCUGCCAGA